AUGGAGGAGCCCGCUUGGACCGACAUCCCUUGGGUCUCAAACGGACCCGACAACGUCUACCUCGUGAGGCAGACGGAGGAGCCUACUUGGGCCGACUUCUCUUUUGCUUAUAAUGGACCCGACCUCGAUUGCCUCGUUAGGCAGACGCAGCAACUUGAGGAAGGUCGUCAAGCCACCGGCCCUCCGCAGUCGAAUGCCCCCCGCGGCGGCAGCCUGUUCGACUUCAUCUUUGGCGCCGUCAACGAAGAUACCACUAUGCAUUCUGCGGGCAACGGCGACGCUCCUGCGGGCAACCAGGCCGUCCACGAAUCCGCGCGCGGUACGACGAACGCCCAUGCCGUAGGGGUCGCUAGCGGCUCCCAUCAAUCCAAGGCGUCCGUCUCCAAGGACAGGCGCGCCAAGGACAAGGCCAAGAAGGCAGGUGGGCAUCGCCAUUGA